AUGAAUUUUUUGAACAAGAGGAAACGAAAGGAGGACAACAGAGAAGAUGCUUUGCUUGUGCAGCCAAGUAAAAAGUCCAGGGUUAUGUCACUUGUGAAAAAAGUAGGCCAAGGAUUACGUGACAAGAUAGCUGUAGCAGUUAAAGCCCUUACUAGCAGAACCUACAGGCAGGAGGUUAAUUCAUCGUUAUUCACAACGCCUGCAGGACCUUUACGUUCAGGACGGUAUUUGAUGACUCCUUUGGAACCUUUUAGUGUGAAGAAGUCAUCACUUGAGUGGCGGUAUGUCAAAGUAAAUUAAUGGUAGAUUUGAGAAGUUUACCUUUCCCCCUCCCCCCACACACUACAAUAUUAUAAGAAUCACUCUUUUGUAAAAGAUCUGCACUCAACCCCAUACAUUUAUUAUGCAUACAUGCUUCGACUCCCACAUACAGAGAAACAUGCAACAAGGGAACACAAAAUGUUUAUACUGAGAUUUAUCAUUGAAGACUGACUAUAUACUGUCCUUUCUUCUCUUUCCUUGUGUGAAAAAUAAUGGGGAAUAAUUGGCAUGUUAGAACAUAGCACAUGACAAGUGCAAGGAAGUAAUAAUAAAAUUAUUUAUAAUAAUAAUAAUAUUAAUAAUUAUUAUAUUUAUUCAUUCAAAAUAUUUCUCCAUUUCUGAUGGGCUAAAAGCACACGCAUAAUUCACCAUAACCACCUACUACUGACCAAAUCUGGAAAAAUUUUGCGAUUAAUAAACCAAUGACGUCAAAAGUGCAGCACAGUUGCAGGUUAAUGCACCGUUAACAGAGAAGAGCUGGGGAGGAGUUGAAUUGUUUUGGUCGUGAAAAGGAAAGGGCCGAACAGUCAGCUGAACAUUUUACUUGUUUCACAAUGAACUAUAAUGUCAGCUUGAAGACAACGUCUGGUAUUUGGAGUAUAUUUGCAGACCUGAACAGCUCUUUAUCUUCUAAACAUGCACUAUCAAGGUGAACGUAAGCAUGUUUUAGCUUGUUUUUAAACUAGGAAUUAUUUUGAAUGAAUUAUAAAGUAAUUAAUGAAAUUGGCUUUCCUAGGAUAUAAAGAAUCGACCUUGUUCCCAGGGUUCUCUCCUACCCGCCCUACGGAGUGAGGGGGUGGGUAGGAGAGAACCCUGGGAAUGAGGUUGAUAAAGAAUUAUGCAGACCUUCGGCCUCGGUGGAUAAGACCCUCCUCGAUCUGCAUAUUUCUUCAUAUCCUAUUCAGCCUCAUUCAUUAAUGCUAAUUAUUUCACUUGUAGGUUGAGUAUGAUCGUCCAGUGAAAAAGAUCCUGAAUAGGACUGUUGUUGUUGACAUUGACUGACAUGACGUUUCGACAACCUGUGCGGUAGUCGAUCUUCAAAGUCAAAGUGAGUUGUAUUUUGUCAGUUGAUGGUAUUUAACUCUGGUUUUUGACCUGAUUGGUCAAUCAAGUCAUGAUGUUAUUGGUUGUCUGUCAGUUAAGCCGUGUUGUGAUGUUUUUGUUUGGCUAUGAAGACUCGCAUGUUUCGAUCCGUCUAUUGUCAUAGUUUGACAGUCGUUUAAUGUUGGUCAAAUUGUCAACUGUCAAGUCGUUCUCUUGGAGUUAGUUUUGCAUGAUUCCAUCAAUUAUUAGUCAUUUGUACGGUGCUGGUAACUGUUAACUACCAUUCAGUCGGUGGUGUUUUUUUCAAAGUUAGUGAACCAGGUUUCCAAAGUAAGCUGUUGAUAGUAGUCUGUAGAGUACAUAAUACAUUUUGCAGAGUCUCUGUAAAUGGUGCUCAGAAAUGCGAUUGUGACCGGACGAUCAUACUCGACCAACCUAAUGAAAUGACUCUUGAGUUCAAACCUUUGACAUUAAUUAUUAUUAAGGUUUUAGAACUGCUGUAAGGUCAAAAAAUGAUCAUACUUAUAAAAUUGCUUAUUUAAAAUGUAGCUCUCAACCUGAACUCAAAUUCCAAAAAUGAAGCAUUUUCGAUAAAUAAAGGCCAAGAAAACCGAAGGCCAAAGCUGGUAUCUAAGAGUGCUAUUUUGGAAAUGUUAAUAAUCACAGGGCUGAAGUCCGACACAAUACUUUCCGUUGUUGACAGAAAUGUUGCAAUUUUUACAACCCAACACACAGUAAUGCAUUAUGAAUUUCAAGUAAGUCAGGGCAAAUUAUAGCAAAAUUAGCUUACAUUCUGCUUCCCCGAAUAAUGUACGUUUAUUUUGAUAUUUCUAAUUCUAUGGCUGCAAAAGCCUUCUAGAGACACCUUAGAUAUAUGAUCCUUGCAAGGUCAAUGACAGAUAAGGCCACAGUUAAAUGACCUAUUAUGCAAAUUAGCACAUUGCUAAGGCUAAAACAUUGUUUAUGAAGCCAUAUUGAGAGUACAUCAUGUAAUGAGUGCAAACAAAGAUUUUUGCAUAUUCUCGCCUCUUUCCAGAAUUCAAGAUGGCGACCAAGAAAACAGAGCAGCACAACAAAAAUUAAUUUCGAAUUAAGGGCAUUUUUUGCGGCUGCAUUGGACCGCACUGAAAACAAAUUGAGGUAAAAAGAUGAGGAUUGACAAUACCGCGCAGAAACUUGCUAGGUUUAUUCACAUAAUGUUUAUAAGAAAAAAUGUAUUAAAUUCCUGGCAAUUCUCAGAAUAUUUUGGAAUUUUUUUGGCGGCCUGGAGUCCCAGGGCAUUACAAAAAAAUUCCACCUCCAUAUCUCAGGAAACAUUUACUGGCUAACUGCCGGGAAUUUAAAGGUAAAUGAACAAUCUAAGUAUAGGUCAGCCUCCAAUGUUUUUUUAUUCCUAGCUAUCGAGAGAAAGCCAGAAAUAUGGAAUUAUUGAAUUUUUGAGCCUGCGGUAUAAAUCAGAAAUCACACCUUAGGAGUGAAAAUUGACACCUCAAGUAUCAAUUUUCUGAAAGCUCAGCUCUUGCUUGAUAGACCUGUGUAAUUUUUGAUUUGCAAAGUUGACUUUAUUAUAUUUUAGAAAUAAAUUUUCAAAUGGAAUGGUUUAUAGCAGAUCUUAUACCUUAAUACUGAUAUUAACCGAUCACCUUUGCAUGUAGCCCAGGUCAUAUGUAACUAUACAUUUAUCAUGCUCAAAUGUCUGAAGAACACUAUGCACAGAAUUUCUUGUUUAAAGUUUAAGACGGAAUCCACCAGAAAAUUGAGUAAUCUUAAUUUUCAGUGGACAAAAACCUUGUACCAGAAUAAUAUUUAAAGAAUAUUGCAAUCUUUUUUACAUUUUUCAAGGGCUUAAAAUGUAAUAAAUCAUCUGUAAGUAACACCAAAGAAAAUUUCUCAUGGAAGUCUGGAAAAUGAAUGUCAAAUUUCACGAGAAUUUUGAUUACAUAGGUGAAAUUCAGAAAAUUUCAUGUGCGAUACGAAAUUUCUCUUCGAGUAAGCACAGCGAGCAAGUGAAAUAUUUUUUCAACAUGAAAAGAGAAACUUCGUAUCUCCAAGUGGCCAUAUAAUGUUCUACUUAUUAUAAUAAACACCAAUGAAAUACCAAACCAUUUCACUUUAAUAGUUUUUUGGUGUGAAAUGUGCGAUUUAUUAUGUAGCCACAGCAACGGUGAUAUUUUCACAUGUGAAGAUAACAUGUUAUUUUCACAUGUGAAGAUAUCAAGUUUUCAUGCGAAAGCUCACCUGGUAUUUCAUUGGUGUUUAUAUAAUAAAGAUUAUUUAUGUCAUCUUAAGCCCUUGAAAAAUGUAAGAAAGAAUGCAAUAUACUUUAAACUAUUCUGGCCGGUACAAAAUUUUUGUCCGCUGCAAAUUAAAAUUACUCAAUGUACGGUUGGAUUCCGUUAUAACAUUCUUUUCUUGACUGUCUUAUUUGCAGACAAAGCUCAUAUUACAUCUAUGACAGUGUUAUAAGUGUUACUGAAUCGCGGCGCCAUGAAUUCAAAACUGGAGGCGGUAAUUACCCCAUCAGUAUUUUACCAGAGGUAAAGACAUAUUCAAUUGUUACAAUAUUAUUCAUUUAAAUAUUAUUAUUCCACCAGUUCUGAGUGGCUUUAAUACCUUGGCUAAUUCUUCAUAACCAGCUAGUGCUGCCCAAAUUUGAAAGAUACAAGCAACAGAAAUUCCAACAGAUGCUCAACAUUUAAAGCUGAUGAUCGUGAAAUUACUGACCCUGUCGAAAUUGCCAACAAGUUUUGUAGUUAUUUUUCAAGCAUUGGUCCUAAUUUAGCAAGGGGUAUACAGUCGUCAGCUUCACACUGUAGUUUUCUUAAUGGUUCCUUUACACAGUCAAUAUUCUUCAACCCUACAACUCAAGAUGAGAUCGCUGAGAUUGCGAAAACAUUUCUUCCAGGCAAAGCAGCUGGCUACGACCAGAUUCCGAUGACAUUCAUUAAGGAGUCCAUUCUACUUGUUUCUGAACCACUCACCCAUGUCAUAAACUUGUCAAUCCAGCAUGGUAUUGUUCCCGAUGAAAUGAAAAUCGCUUGCGUGAUACCUAUUUUUAAAUCUGAUGAUCAGUCACUUUUCACCAACUACCGACCUAUCUCGGUGCUUUCCAGCUUUUCAAAAUUCUUUGAAAGAGUUAUCUACAAUCGUUUAAUGCCAUAUCUGAUGAAUUUCAACAUCCUCUGUGGUAACCAAUACGGCUUCAGGAAAAAUCAUUCCACUGCACUCGCGCUAAUUGACUUGCAUGAUAAGAUCUCCACGGCCUUAAUGACCGAGGCGAAUUUUCCGUAGGUAUUUUUCUUGACCUCUCAAAAGCCUUUGACACUGUAAAUCAUAUCAUCCUUUUUGAUAAACUCGAACAUUACGGUAUUCAUGGCUUAGUGCUGGACUGGAUAAGAAGUUACUUUUCAAACAGAAAGCAAUAUGUUGAAUAUAAUGGCCACCGUUCGUUAAGAAAUGAAACCUCUUGUGGGGUCCCUCAGGGUUCUAUCCUCAGACCUCUAUUUUUCUUACUGUACAUUAACGACAUCAACAAUGCUUCUAAUCUAUUAAAUCUGAUUUUGUUCGCUGACGAUACCAAUGUAUUCAUGUCGCAUAAAGAUCUUUAUUACUUCCACUUUUUAAUCACUUCUAUCCGUGCAAUCUGAUUGGCUCUCAGCGGUGUGAUUUAUUCCUAAAUCGCCCCAUUUUUUGCCCUAAAUUGCAUCUGUUUUAAAUCGGGUCAUUCAUGUUCUAAAUCGCAUCAUUUCUGUUUUAAAUAGGACCAUUUUUGUUCUAUAUUGCAUCAUUUCUGUUUGGAAUACAAAAUGAGAUGUAAAAGCCUUUUUGUUUCGGCUUUUUAACAAACGGGCUACUUGAUCAGUAAAAUUUUAGUACUGACUAAAUUCUGCGAUUUCAAAAUGGAAGUAAUAGAGUGGUAAUUGAACUUUGUGUCGUGCAAUUUUGGUCUCAAAUCAUACUUGUGAUUUCAAAUCGAACUCGCGCUGCGCGCUCGUUCGAUUUUGAAAUCGCGCGUAUGAUUUCAGACCAAAUUGCACUCCACUCAGUUCAAUUACCAUUACGAAAUAUCUCUCAGAUAUGUUAAACUUGGAGAUGGACAAACUGUCAACCUGGUUUAAAGCAAACAAGCUUUCUCUAAGUCUUAAAAAGACUAAAUUUAUGGUCUUUAAACCAAGACAAAAGCGUUCAAUUUGUAAUGUUCAAAAAGUAUAGAUAAUCAAAAUAUUGUUGAAGUAAAGGAGACAAAUUUUCUAGGCGUGAUUUUGGAUGAAAACCUAAAUUGGAAGUCGGAAAUAUCACAUGUUGCAAGUAAAGUUGCAAAGUCAAUCGGUAUAAUAUCUAGAUACAGCUUCUUUCUUCCUAAAUCGUCUUUACGUAUGCUGUACUAUUCCUUAAUUUAUCCUUAUUUUUACUACUGCAAUAUCGUUUGGGCUUCGACCUAUAAAACCAAUCUCCACCGCCUUGUUAUCCUGCAAAAGCGCAUUAUUAGAAUUAUUAAUAAAUCACAUUUCAAUGCUCAUACUGAACCCAUCUUAAGGACCUCGCUAUACUAAAAUUUAAUGAUAUCCAUUUGCUUCAACUGGGCCAAUUUAUGUAUUCUUGCAAAAAUUCAUCCUUACCUCCAAAGUUUAAUAACAAUUUCACUCAAAGCAAUCUAUCCCACUCUUACAAUACAAGAAAUUCCCAGGCCUACCGUCUACCAUAUUGUCGUACAAACAUGAAGAAGUUCUCGCCCUUUUUUCAAGGGCCUAAGUUUUUUAAUUCACUUGACAACAAGUUCAUCAAUUUUCAAUCCCUCUCCUCUUUUAAGAAAAAACUGAAGAUUUAAUUAUUGAGUAAGUAUGAAAACAGUUCAUAAUGUCUUUCCAUCUUUGACUUUUCGCCUUCUUUUCUUCAAUUGAUGUGAAACAGCUCUAGCUCAAAAUUCAAGGAGGCCUAACCUCUCAUAAGCUCCUAUAGUUUCUGUUAGGACUCCUCGCCACUUCUUUUUUCUUCUUUUCCUGUAUUUUUUGUAAUUAUUGUGUGGCAAAUAAAAAUAAAAACAAAACAAAACAAAACAACAAUAAAAAAACUGUGAUACCAUCAAUACGAUGUUACAUAUAUAUUACUCCAAUACACAAUUGCAACCUCAUAUCCUGGCAGUGAAUGAACUAAGGGAAAAAAAGAAUGAAACAGUUCACAGCAAGCAAAGACAUAUUGGAAGAAAUAUUGUCAUGUACUUUUUGAGGAAAAACAUCUGUGUAUAUUCUGAAACUGUGCUGAGAAAGAGUCAAGGUUGUUAACAACUUAGAGAUAUUAAUAAUAUAAUGAAAAAAAAAAAACAAUAAUAUUAGCAGUGUUUUCAUGAAAAGAAGAGUUAUGCAGAUCUCACAAGGUUGCAUAAAUUAAAUCUUCACGUCAUACUCAGCCUCAUUCAAUAAUAAUGUUUCUUAAGUUUGUUAUUUAAGUUUUCAUUAUUGUUUAUAAUAUAAGUUAGUUCUUAAAACGUUUCCCCCAGUUCUUGACUGCGAAAGGGGGUAAUUAAUUAAAGGGGCUGCAGGGUCAUUGAAAGAGAAAUAAGUGAUGAAUUGUAUCCAGAAAAUAAUUAUUGGUCUAACUAUAGAUACUGGCAGUCUAAAAUGACAGCUGACUGUCUUUGCCCCCCACCACCUCCACAAUAGACCUUUCUCGGCUGGCUGCCUCUAGGGGCUGGGGUGAAGAGAUGGCGGACACUUAGGACUCGGUUUAAGGCCCAGUUCAAACGUCAAACUUUACAUGAGCCGAACCUAAUUAUUAGGUCUGGCACAUGUAAAGUUCGAUGUACUGUAAAUCAAUUAGGAACAGCACUUUUGUAUUUGGGUCAACUCUGCUGUUCUAUUCGACUGAGCUUGUCAAGUACGGCAAAAGAUUGACUUCGAUUCAUACGUCGAAGUUCACAUGUGCCGAACCUAAUGUAUAAAUUAUGUUAACAUAUUUUUCAGUGUAACUGCACUUCUGAUUGGCUAGUUAGUGGGUUUUCGCGCUUUGUGGACAGAACUCACAGAAACUUAACGACGGUUACCAGCAUUCACGUGGUUGAUUUCUAGACUGAAACUGGACAGCUUAAAAUGGUCUUCUAAAAGGUUGCUUCUCUUUAUAUCCAUAAAGAAAUCGUAAUGUGUUUUAAAAGUUAUGGCGUUACUUUAUUUUGUCCAAAUAUCACAAUCGCGAUCUCCUCAGCUGUCUCCUUGCCAUGACAGAACACAAAUCACACUAAAAUCCAAAAAAGGAUUUCCAGGCUUGGUGAAUUUUUCUUUUUUUCAGUUUAUUUCCCUUUUUUAAGCAGUAAGGAUGAUAUUUCUUUUUGCUGUGAAUUAGGUUCGGCACAUGUAAAGUUUGAACGUCUGAAUCAAUAGUGGAACUUAAUAGUUUGGGUCGACCUAAAUAGGUAUUAGGCUUGGCACAUGUAAAGUUCGACGUUUGAACUAGGCAUAAGAAUAUUUUGAUCUUAUCUCUGAAUCUUGGAAGUCUCUGUGAUGAGUCUCAGAGUCUUGUUUAUAGAGCUCUGUUUUUCAGUCAGGCACUGAAACCACAACUUUCUGCUUUAAUGUCUCAAAUUCUAAACCAAGGAUCUCAGGGGAUCUCUAUUAGUUAGUCUCUCUGAUAAAUUACUUUUUCUAACCGUAGUAUGGGAACCUGCUGUUUCUGUUCCUUUUUCUCCCAUUUGCCAUCACUAUAAAGUAAUUCCCAAGUCUGAGUUUUUGGCUGUUCGUUGGAUUCUAUGAAGCCAGUGUGCCAACAAGACAUUAUAUCUGCAUGCAUCUCAGAUUGAUGUAAGUCUCUUAUAAAAGUAUGCAAGAUGUGUGUUUUAAUCUGCUUAUACCUGUUAAUAUUUCCUUAAAGCACAUACGAAAAUAUGGGAGUGGAUUCUUAAAUUCAGAUGGAGGUGUCUUGUUAGCUGGUAUCCUUGACAAUGGUUAGUUGACUUUAGCUAAUACUUAUAAAUUAUUUAUAUUUUGGUAACUUAUAUUAUUUCUCAUAAAAAAUAAUUCCCGGUUCAUUUUGUUGAAAUCUAGUACUCCCUUAGUGUUAUUCAUAUGUUCACAGUGCAGUACUUACCUUAUGUUUCUGUGUUAGUGUUUGGAUAGACUGCCCCUAGUUUGAUCUCCUAUGGACAGGUGUACAUGGAUGGGAGGUUACAUGGUUAGGAGUUGUGGCAAAGGAGGGUGUGGUUGGGAUGGGGUACAUAGUUGGGAGAAAAUAAGGGAGACUGCAGAGACUGUAUCAAUUUGACUCAUGUGGCUCAUGUUCAGGGAAAUAAAUUCAUGAGAAACUGCAUUAGACCAAAAUAAUAGUCACUGCGAUAAUAAUAACUAAAUAAUAAUAAUAACUAAAAAACUCAAUGAGAGGCAAUUACUGCCUCUCAUUGAGUUUUUUAGUUAUGAAAAUAAGUCAAAGGGGCUUAGUGCAAAGAAGGCCAGUAGAUUUUUUGAUGAAUGUGGAUGUGUUCCUAGUGGUUUCCUUUCAGAUGAAUAUAAACAAACCUAAGUCAAGAUUUUGAAAUUAAGUCGACUUGGUAAAAGUAUUAGUAAUUUAUGUUAGUUUUAUUAUUAGUUUGAAGACUACCCUUAACUUCAACUUUACUAUUAGUUUAUGUCUUUAAAGGGUUUUGUUUGUUAACUAGGAAGAAUACGCGGCAUUCGGUGCUCAUUUGAAAUGAGGAGGAGAAUUCUCGACAUCGUGGAUAAAGAAUUUAUGGGAUUCCUUCCUAAAGUACCUCCAACUCUUUACAGGUAUGUUGCUUUACCUCAGUCAGUCCAAAUCAAAUAAAAAAUUUAUGAAAUAUUUCAUUGUAUCUGUCUGAUUGGAACUGAUGUUACUAAGGACAUCUAGUUAUACUUUGACCUUGCUUUGUCAUGGCAGGUUGCAAAAUUAAUAUUACAGCUGGUUCAGUUAUGUAAAAUAAAUAAAUAAUAAAUAAAUAAUAAAUUAUAAUAAUAAAUUAUGGAUUGAGGCAUGGCACUUUGUGGAUGUAUCAAAGUUUUGUAGCUAUUUUCUGGCCACCAAAGGGGUAAUUCUCCAGUGAUGACAUAAACCUAAUCUUCUUUUGAAGAUAACUGUUAUAUCUAGACUUGUAGACUUAUAAUCAUAAUCAUUUCAUAAUGAUAGUCAAUACAAAAUUUUGUAGUUAGUUAAGUAUCCCCCCUCCCAAGAAAUCAAAUUAAGCAGUUCUAAAAGAAUGUUAAGUGACACCUCAGUGAAAUUUGUCAUCAAGUUCAUCAUCACCAGCAUCUUCUAAUUAGAUUACAUGUUAGAUGAGGAAGUUUCCUCUAAGGGGAUUGUUCAUUCACUAGAUCAAUAUUUAGUUUUUUCUAGAGUGUAAAUAUAUUUUUUAUUCCCGUUUUUGUCAGUGUAAAGUUUAUUCCAGUGGCUUAUAGACAGACAGAUCGGGAGAGGAGAGAGGGGAGGCGAACUUUUCUAGAUGACACGUAUGUUAUAGAAAUAUCAAUAAAAGCUGGUGAAAAAGGAGAAUUGUACGAAACCAGUAAACAUGAGGUGAGCGAAAUACAUAUGCCACAUUACAUAACUUUGUACAUGUAUUUUAUAUUACAUAAAUAUUGUACUAGUUAGCACACUCAUGUGACCACAAACGUAUGUCUUUCCCGCUAAAAGACGUAUUAGUUAAGCAUGAAACCAAAAUAAUACAGUUUAAAGAAUCAAUUAAAAUGUUCUCUUACAUCGUCCGUUUUUAGUACUAUUGGUAGUUUUUAAUCCAAUUUUAGCUUUUAUAUUGUAUAAAACAUAUCAAUUUUAUUUAUUUUAAUUCUUUAUCAUGUAAAAAAAAAAUUAUUAAUUUUACACAUGACCACAUCAGCGUAGCCAUAAUUGUAUGUUGUUUAAAGAAAUGCUGUACUUACUUACUUACUAACUAAUUCCUCUCUUUAGCCCUCUGAGCAACCCUUGAAAAGCUCCCCCUUCUGAAAAAGUCCCUCAGUGUGGGUCAAUGUACUGUCAAGGGGAUUUUAAAGUGCCCUGUAUAUUUUAUCCUUAAUGGACAUAGUUCUCAUUUAGAGGAAAAUGCUUACUUUCAAAGCCUCUAGUGUGUCGGCAGUGCUUGUGGUAGAUUGAAUAAUUUAAUUUAAAUUUCAUUUGUAUUAAACUGUCUUAGGUGUAAUUGUGUAAUAACAUGAGGCUUUUUCCAUUUUUGGAAGGUCUUUGUAAGGCGUGAAAGCAGUGUACAGGGUCCACUAAACCCCUUACAAAUCAAGGACAUAGUCCUGUCAAAAUACAGAGCAGUAAGUAAAAUAUUUUGUUGAAUAGAACUGAAUUUAUUCUACUAACGUUUGAUAAUAACCACAACAUAUUCAAUUCUUUGCCUUUGUAUAGGAAUUGAAUAAACAAUAAGGCACACCAGUAAUCUAUUCCAGAUCUUGUGUUCAUGACUUUGCACAGCCAGUUGUUAAAGUAGAGGUGCUAAAAAACAGACAACAUCAUAUAUGUUAUGACCACCCAGCAAUAAUUUUUAUUCAUACAAAUAGUGUACUACAUGAAAGUGACAGCAUGUGGUGGCAGAGGCUGUGGAAAGAUCUUAGUUAAUACCAAUUAUGAAGCUCAAAAGACAAUAUUACAUCAGCUUGUAUAUUAAACUUUGAAUUUGUGCUGAAUCUAUGUAGAAAAUAGAAGAAAGAAGAAUAGCCAAGUUAAUGUCUGCUGAAAAGGAAGAAUGUAGUGCCGAAACCACGCCAAAGGAAUCCAACAAGAACUACACACCCAAACGGUCUAGUUCAAAAAAUGUCGUAGUAAUAUCUCCUUAAUUUAGUCUUUGUCAGAAUCUGACAAGUCUCCCUUUCUGUUGCUUUAUUUUUCGUGGGUACCUUCACAAGUAAUAUAACAGAAAAUGAGAGUCAGUUAAGUUAAGACGUAAUAUUUUGUUUAUGAAAUUGAGUGAUUGUAACAUGGUG